GCCCAAAGUCCAUCGAUCUCUCUUCUCUUUCGCCUCGUUCACCACUUCGCCGUCUGCACUCUGCUCUCCGACCAACCAGGUAUCUCACACUUCACUCUUCUCUCUACAUUCGUCUUUAUAGGAUCCAAAUCGGUCCUGUAAAUCCAUAUUCCGCCUCAUUAGUUUCACACACUUCACCAACAGACCACAAUUCAUCUCCCAGUUGAUUCAGUUCACUCAAUCCGAUGAUAAUAUGAUCAUCUUGAGAUACCCAGUUGGAUAUGUAUAGAGCUCUUGGUAAACAACGGCUCAUAUACCGUUCCCUCAUAUCCAACUACGUUAAAACUGGACUCAUUGACAAAGCCCUCCAAGUGUUCGACGAAAUGUCUCAAUCAAACUGUCGAGUUUUCAGCAUUGAUUACAACCGUAUUAUCGGCGUUUUAGUCUGCCAUUCACGUUUUGAGCUAGUGGAAUUGUAUUAUGAUGCCAUGGUUCCAAAAGGGUAUUCUUUAACCUCGUUUACAUAUUCAAGAUUUAUUUGUGGUUUGUGUAAAGUUAAAGACUUUAGAUUGAUUGAUAAGCUGUUAAACGAUAUGAAUAGGAUAGGCGCUGUGCCGGAUAUGUGGGCGUAUAAUAUGUAUUUGAAUGUUUUGUGUUCGGAAAGUUUAGUCGAUAUCGCGUUGAGCGUGUUGGUUAACAUGUCGGAAAAGGGGAGAGAUCCGGAUGUCGUGAGUUACACGACGGUUAUUAGUGGUUUAAUGCGGGUUAAACAGAUUGAUCAGGCGGUUCAAAUGUGGCAGUCGAUGAUCCAAAAGGGUAUACGACCGGAUGCUAAUGCGUGUAGAGCGCUUGUGUUAGGUUUAUGUGGUGUCGGGAAGACCGAUUUAGCUUAUGAGUUAACCGUAGGUGUGAUGAAACUUGAUUUCAGUACUUCGGUGUAUAACGUUCUUAUUAACGGGUUUUGUAAAGCGGGUAGACUCGAUAAAGCACAAGCGAUUAUGAGCUUCAUGAGAAAAAACGGGUGUCCGCCGGAUUUGGUUACGUACAAUAUUUUGUUAAAUUAUUGUUGUGACAAGUUAAUGUUGGAUGAAGCGGAAAAACUUAUGAAGAUAAUGGAACGAAACGGGAUGCAACUCGAUAGUUACAGUUAUAACCAAAUUAUCAAAGGUUUUUGUAAAGCUAAUCUGAUCGAAAAAGCGUACAUGUUAAUGGUGAGAAAAAUGGAAGUAAAAGGUGUGGUCGAUGUUGUAUCGUACAACACGAUUAUUCGAGCACUCUGCAAGGGUUUGCGUGUUAAACGGGCCUACGAAUUGUUCGAAGAAAUGGGUGUUCAAGGUAUACGGCCCGAUAUCAUUACGUUCACCAUUUUAAUAAAAGCGUUUCUCCGAGACGGUAAUUCCAGUUUAGCGAAAACACUUCUCGACAAGAUGACGGAAAUGGGUUUGUUACCUGAUCGUGUGUUGUACACAACGACUAUCGAUCAUAUGUGUAAAAUCGGGAGAAUAUCGAUGGCUCAUACAAUUUUUUGUGAUAUGAUAGAGCAUAAGAUUACGCCUGAUGUUGUUUCGUAUAACGCUAUAAUUAGCGGGUUUUGUAAGGCUUCUAGGGUUUGUGAAGCGAUGAAUCUUUUUGAGCGGAUGCAAGUUGACGGUUUGUGUCCGGAUGAAGUGACGUAUAAGUUGAUAAUUGGAGGACUUUUACGUGAAAAUAAGCUCUCGUUGGCUUGUACGGUGUGGGAGCAGAUGAUGGAUAAAGGUUUUACGCUUGAUAGAGAUAUAUCGGAGACUCUUAUUAAUGCUAUUAAUUCAGAAGACUUAUCGAGCGUAAGUAAUGGAAAAGGUGGAAAAAUGUGAUUUUUAACUUUGGCGUGAGUUGCGAAUCGUUUGAUGACUACAUGCCAUCUUGAAUAGUCAAAAUCCGCCGUGUUGCCGUUAUUUUUUUGGUGGAGUUUACGCUGCAGAGCAAGGAACGUUGAAAUGGUUAAAGAGGAGAGUGUCCUUCAGAUUUGAGGGAACGGCGAUGGUUGCAGGCUCCUAGGGUUCCGUCAUGACAAGCACCAGCCACCACCCAACAGGCAACAGGUGGAAUAUAGACCCAAUAGUCAAUCAUCACUUUCAAGGCGCUCUCGUUGUUGCUUCAUAUGACGAACAUCUUUCAAUAUCAAAGAAACAUGCAACAAAAAUUUGUGUAUAAUUCAUUGAGAUAUUGAUGCAAA